AUGGUAGAAGCUGCUAAAUUUAUUGGAGGAGGAUUAGCUGCUAUUGGAGUUGCUGGUAGUGGAGCUGGUAUAGGUACAGUAUUUGGAUCUUUAAUCACAGGAUAUGCAAGAAACCCUUCUUUAAAACAAGGAAUGUUUACAUAUGCUAUUUUAGGAUUUGCUUUAUCUGAAGCUGUUGCUUUAUUUGCUUUAAUGAUCUCUUUCUUAAUUUUAUUCUCAUAA